CUCAAUCAUCUCUGUUCUCAGUUCAACUUUCUGUCUUCUUUUUCCUUUCCGAUUCUUUUUUCUCUGUCUCUGCCUGUGAACCGAAUGACAAGUGUGUGUCUUCAUUCCAAUCUCGUCUCGAGCUCUUUCGACCAUGGACCUGGACCGGUAUUCGGAUUUCUUCUCCCCAAUCGUAGAUUCAACAGUGCGAAAUUCUCGAACAGAAGAUGCGGUAGAGGCCGUUGGUUUCGUUUGGCUCGUAGACCUACCAUAAAUUGCGAAUUGAAAACAUGUUCAGAGGAGCUGCAAGUCAGGAGGUGCUCCCCUCUUUUAGAGAGUGUGUUGCUUCCAAGUGAUAGUGUCUCAGCCUCUGGGGAAUGGAAUGCAGUCCCAGACAUUUGGAAGACAUCAGCAGAAAGAUAUGGGGAUAGGAUAGCAAUGGUGGAUCCCUAUCAUAACCCACCUUCAGAGUUGACUUACAAUCAGCUCAAGCAGCAGAUUGUGGAAUUCUCUGAAGGUCUUAGAGUCGUUGGGCUGAAACCAGAUGAAAAGCUUGCCCUUUUUGCAGACAAUUCAUGCAGGUGGCUUGUAGCUGAUCAAGGAAUCAUGGCCACUGGAGCAAUUAAUGUGGUAAGAGGUACAAGGUCUUCUACUGAAGAACUAUUGCAAAUAUACAAUCACUCUGAAAGUGUUGCACUUGUUGUGGACAAUCCAGAUUUCUUCAACAAGAUCGCAGAAACAUUCAUUUCCAGGGCAGCUCUAAAAUUUAUCAUCCUUCUUUGGGGUGAGAAAUCAGAAAUAACUUCUAAAUUGACAGAAACCAGAGCAGUUUUUAGCUUCAAAGAGAUCAUAGAUUUGGGGCGAGAAAGCUGUCAAAAGUUUAUUGAAAACUCUCAUAAAGAAGAAGGUCGGAAGUACAUUUACGAAGCUAUCAACUCCAAUGAUGUUGCUACACUUGUUUAUACAAGUGGAACCACUGGCAAUCCAAAAGGAGUAAUGCUUACACAUAAAAAUCUAUUGCAUCAGAUAAGGAACUUUUGGGAUAGGGUACCUGCAGUGCCUGGGAAUAGGUUCUUAAGCAUGCUUCCAUCUUGGCAUGCAUAUGAGCGAGCUGCUGAGUACUUUAUUUAUACUUGCGGGGUUGAGCAAAUAUACACAACUGUGCAAAACUUGAAGGGAGAUUUGCAACGUUAUCAACCACAUUACAUUAUAUCCGUUCCUCUAGUAUAUGAGACACUUUACAGAGGAAUCCAGAAACAACUUUCUUCAAGCUCUAUUGCUCGAAAGCUUGUUGCACUUACAUUCAUCAAGAUAAGUUUGGUAUACAUGGAUUUCAAGAGGAUUUAUGAGGGAAAGUGCCUCACAAGAAAUCAGAAUCAACCUCCUUUUCUUGUUUCAAUGUUCGACUGGUUAUUGGCUAGAAUUAUUGCAGCAGUUUUGUGGCCAAUGCAUGCUGCAGGGUUGAAGCUUGUAUACUCUAAAAUUCAUUCAGCAAUUGGAAUAUCAAAGGCUGGUAUAAGUGGUGGUGGCAGUCUGCCAUUAUAUGUUGACAGGUUUUUUGAGGCAAUUGGCAUACAAUUGCAGAAUGGUUAUGGUCUAACCGAGGCUUCUCCUGUUGUUUCUGUUCGACGACCUGCUUGCAAUGUUCUUGGUUCGAUUGGGCACCCUCUUCGACAUACAGAUGUUAAAAUUGUAGAUUCGGAAACUGAUGAGGUUCUACCUUCUGGUUCAAAGGGCAUUGUUAAGGUUAGAGGGCCACAGGUGAUGAAGGGUUACUUUAAGAAUCCAUCUGCUACACAACAAAUCUUAGACAAGGAUGGCUGGCUUAAAACUGGUGAUAUUGGUUGGAUUGCUCCCAAUCAUUCAAGAGGGCGAAGUCGUCGCUGUGGGGGGGUGAUUAUUCUUGAAGGACGUGCAAAGGAUACUAUAGUUCUUUCAACAGGUGAAAAUGUCGAACCAUCAGAGUUAGAGGAAGCAGCGUUGCAAAGUAAUCUAAUUCAACAGAUUGUUGUUAUUGGCCAGGAUCAACGACGCCUGGGAGCUAUAAUUGUUCCAAAUAAAGAUGAGAUUUUACUUAAAGCAAAAAAGUUGUCUAGUUUAGAUGCUGAUGCUUCAGAACUCAGUAAGAAGAAAAAAAUAAACAAUCUUUUGCGUGAGGAGCUAAAAACAUGGAUUUCAGAGUGCUCAUUUCAGAUUGGACCAAUUCUGACAGUGGAUGAGCCUUUUACGAUUGAUAGUGGCUUAAUGACCCCAACCAUGAAAAUAAGGAGAGACAAAGUUGUAGCUAAAUAUAUUGAUCAAAUUGGUGAACUUUACAAGUAGGUUUUUAUCAAGAAGCUGUUGCUUGAAUCUAAGGUUCCUGCAACUUCAGUGAGGUCCCGCUGUCGGUGGACUAGAAUCAUGCCAAACAAAUGGAAUCUAUGUUUUAUCUGACACAUCAGGGACUCAAAUCAUUUUGAUAGCAUUUGAUGCUUGUGAUGUAUAUCACUGUUU